AUGUCAGAUUCCAACACAACCCACUUCACCAGCCCCUUCACCUUCAUCCUGCUGGGCAUCCCUGGUUUGCAGGCAGUCCAUGGCUGGAUCUCCAUCCCCUUCUGCACCAUGUACGUCAUAGCCAUCUUGGGGAACUUCACCAUCCUGUUCAUUGUGAAGAUGGAGCAGAGUCUCCAUGGACCCAUGUACUAUUUCCUCUGCAUGCUGGCCAUUACUGACUUGGUCCUGACUACGUCCAUCCUGCCCAAAAUGCUGAGCAUCUUCUGGUUCAAUUCCAAGGAGAUCAGUUUCAGUGCCUGCCUCACCCAGCUGUACUUCAUGCACUGCUUCUCAGUGAUGGAGUCUGGGAUCUUCGUGGCCAUGGCGUUUGAUCGCUACGUGGCCAUCUGCCACCCCCUGAGACAUUCUACCAUUCUGACAAACCCUCUGGUCACUAGGAUCGGCCUGGCCGUGGUGCUGCGCAGUUGCACGCUCAUACUACCACAUCCUUUCCUCGCAAGUCGGUGGCCGUACUGCAGAACUAACCUCAUCCCCCACACGUACUGCGAGCACAUGGCCGUGGUGAACCUGGCCUGCACUGACAUCCAUGUGAGCAGUUACUACGGCCUCUUUGUGGUCUUCUUUGUAUUUGGUCUGGAUAUGAUUUUUAUUGCUAUGUCCUACAUCCAGAUCCUCAGGGCCAUCUUCAGCCUUCCCACAAAGGAUGCUCGGCUCAAGGCUUUUGGGACUUGCGGCUCCCACCUUUGCGCCAUCAUGGCUUUUUACAUCCCCCUGAUUUUCUCUUCCCUCAUGCACCGGUUUGGCCACAAUAUCGCCCUGCAUUUCCACAUUCUUAUAGCCAAUGUGCAUGUGUUAGUGCCCCCCGUGCUAAACCCCGUCAUCUAUGGGGUGAGGACCAAAUAUAUACGGGGCCGGCUGCUCCGGCUCUUUACUCAGAAAGGAGCCAGCGUUUUCCCCGUGGCUGUGGCUGUGGCUGUCAGAUAG